AUGGCAGCUCAUCGCGCCGACGAAAGCUCAUUCCUCGACAAUCGUGGCUACAAGGGCCCAUUGAUCCGUGGCGUCAACCCAGCCACCCUCUUCGAAAAAGCCGUGCGCGACCGCAUCACCGACUCAUACUACUGGAAAGAACAAUGCUUCGGUCUGAACGCGGCCACCCUCUGUGAUCGCGCAGUCGAGCUGAGCUGCAUCGGUGGUACAUACGGUAUCUCUGAGAAGCCGACCCCGUUCCUCUGUCUCGCUUUCAAGCUGCUCCAGCUCGGACCGGAUCGCAAUGUCAUUCUCGAAUUACUCAAUUACACCGACCCCGGCAGUGGCGAGGAGGGAGAAGACCCGGAAGACAGUGUUGUGAAGGAUCGCGGUGACUUUAAGUACUUGCGUGCUCUGGCUGCGUUCUAUGUACGCUUGACUUUCGAUGCCGUCGAUGUCUACAAGACGCUUGAACCGCUUCUCCUCGAUUACCGCAAAUUGAAACGACGUGUGCGCGACACUUUUACACUCACCUACGUGGAUCAAUUCGUCGAUGAUCUCCUCACAAAGGACCGUGUGUGUGGUACCAGUCUGUGGAAACUUCCGCCACGAUCACAGCUGGAGGACUUGGACAUGCUGGAUGAGCGCAUCAGCCCCCUCGCUGACGAGCUGGAGGAGUUGGACCGCGAGAACGAUGAAAAUUCCGACCGAAGCCGGGAAAACAGCGAUGCGGGCUCUCCAUCGAGGGACGAGGAACCCAAGAGGACCGAAAGUGAUGAUUGA